AUGGACGACCAGCGGGAAGUUCAAAAUCCCAAACGAAACAAAAACUCCAGCCUCAAUUUGUCGGGUAGUUCUGCGGUGGCCAUGGAAAUUAAAAGGAAGAAAAUACGACAGAGUGCAUUAUUCCAGCAAACAGAGAACACCAACAUUCAAAAGAAGUUAGACUUUGAGCUGCGAAUGCGAGAGGGAGCCUACAAGCUGCUGUUGGCCUGCAGCAAGAGGGAACAAAUUCUCAACGCCUCCAAGAAUCUGCUGACCUGCAAUGCCAGGAUCAAGGCAUACAUGGAUCACAUGCAGAAGAUGAAGGAUGAGCAGGAUAUAGCAGGAGAAGUCAGCAGAAAUUCAGAGGAGCGUGUGCCAUGUAGAGGAAGGAUUGCUCUGUCUGGCCUUCGUCUUCCAUUGAUGUGGAAGGAUCAGGAUCACUUUAACAACAGAGGAAGCUCGCGGCGGGUGGCCAUCUUCUGUCUCAUGCAGAUGGGCUGCCAAGUGUUUGACACUAAGAUGGUAGUGGUGGACAGAACCAUCACGGAUGUUUGCUUUGACGAAGUUGCUAUCUUUCAAGAUGCAGUUCCUGGGUUUAAGCUGCGAGUAGAGCUGUGGAGUUGCGCCUUUGAAGAAGAGCUCAACCUGGUCAAUACACCAAGGAAGCUGGCUAAGAAGCUGCGGAAUUCAUUUGGGAAGACUGCGGGCAAGAAGCUCUGUCCUCUGUUGGAUAGUUCAGACCCUGACACUUUCCUCCAGUCCAACCCAGUGCCGCCAGGAGCCAAGUACAACCUCCUGGCCUACUCCACAAUGAGACUGCCAGAGGCUGAAGGCAGCUUUCAGUCUCAUUCGCUGGUCGUCCUCCAAAAUUCUGAUUGGUCCUCCUGGCUUCCACUUUACGGCAACCUGUGUUGCCGCUUGGUGGCCCAGCCUGCGUGUAUGACACAAAGAGUGAUGACUGGAUACCUCAAUCAGAAGCAAAGUAUGGACGGCUUUGAGCGCCACUGCAGCUUCUACUGCAUCCUCAGUGCCAGCACCUUUUCGUGCUACUUCAGUCCUGAGGAGAUUGAUGCCAAAGUGCAGCCGGCGCUCCGCCUGGCAAUAAACAAGGACACCCGCGUCCGAGUGGUGGAAAAGCAAUCGGGUGGAAAGAAUUCCAGGAGUCUUUCCAUCAUUAAUCCUUCACCCGAGGGAUACCAGACUGAGGUCUUCACAGCAGACACCAGGGAGGAGCUGGAUGAGUGGCAGGAAGCGCUGCAUCAGCAUCUCUAUGAUCAGAGUCAGUGGCUGCACUGCUGCAAGCAGCUCAUGAAAAUCGAGGUGGUGUCACCAAGGAAACCCUCACUCUUCCUCACCAAACAAGCAGACUCUGUUUAUGACGAACUCAGUAUCAGUUCUCCAGGCAAGUUGGAGAGCAUCACUGACAUCAUCCAUAGCAAGAUCGAGGAGACUGAUGGCCACUUUCUGAUUGGUCACAAUGAGGCCAGGCAACCUCCUAACUGGUCCACUCUGUUUGAUGGCUCCCACACGUUUGUGUCGCAAAAGAAGACAACUGCUAAUGUUGUUUCCCAUAGUGAAACCUGCACACCGUGUUCAAGCCCCAAGCCAUGUUCCAGUUCCACACCUAACAGUGGCAAGAAACGGCGUGCUCCACCUCCUCCGACAAGCCCUUAUGCUGCUGUUGCUCCUCCUCUUCGCCCUGAUAGACCUCCUCGGCCUCUUCCUCUCUCACACCUAGGAAAGGAAAACACUUCACGGCUAAAGUCUAAAACAGGAAGACCAUCCCUGGAUGCCAAGUUCUCCGCCAUCAUUCAGCAACUGCAGCACAACAACAAAUAUGGUGCUCCGGCACUAGGACGUAAGAAUGCACCGCUUGCCUUCGCUCAGGUUGACGGUCAAGCCGAUGAGGUUCCUGUACCAAGGAGCAAUCUGAGGAAGUCGUUUAGAGAGAGGAUGAACUUCAAAGCCAACAUAUAA